AUGAUAAAGCUGAGGAUCACACUCCUUUCCAUACUGCCCUUUGUAGGCGGUGUGAUGGCCAAACAAGGUGGCGGAAGCUGGGAUGCACCAGCAGCGGUCAAGGCCAUGAUGGUAUUCGAAAUCAUCUGGUCUGUCAUAUUGUUCGGUCUGUUUGUGACCAUUGUUCGAUGCCUCCGCCUCGUCCCCCCUGGUUGCUACACGCGCGCUCCCUACAUUCUCCUCUCCAUCGUAGCAGGCGCGGCAUCGAUCUCGUACCUUCUCUCGGGGAUCUUGCUCAGGAUCCCCAGGAGUGGAAGUGGACUGUCAUUCAGGGUUGCCUACGGACUGAACACAUUCGCCGCGAGCUUGUCGUACAUCGACUUUGCGUUCGAACCAGCAGUCUGCCUGUGGCUCAUCCACCUGCGGGGCAGAUUGACGAACACGACUGAAGGCAAAACAUUCGAUCCAUGGGUGUCUCAAUCCUGGAAGCGGUUUGUCGACUGGUCGCUCGUGGCUGUCACCUUUAUCCUCUCCAUUUCGAUGACGGCGAUCAUGACCAAUGCAUGGAUCAAGUAUGCGGUAAAGCAUCUGGAUUUCGAUCAAUUUUCCCACUACUUGUUGGUCAAUCGUGGUCUCAAUUUUGCUGUCGUCGCAUUCGGCUCGCUGAUGUCGAUCGACGUGAUCAUUUCUUUGGUUGCUCUCAAAGUCACGCAGAGAAGGGUAUACUUCAUCGAUCCUCUCACCACCAGGCUGGUUGUCGCCGUCUUACCCUUUGUUAUUUUCAAAUUCAUCGAGUCGUUGGCGAUCACAGUGUACCCAGAGAGUUCCGCGAUGCGAUACACCGACUACUAUGUCCUCAACCUCGUUUCUAUCAUCCUCGGUGGAGUGUGUAGCAUGGGGAUCAUUGGCGGUUUGGCGUCUACCAUGACGAUUCCAAGCGUGCUUUGGGCUCCGGGAGCUACUGCAUCUACCCUUGCGCUCCCUGUCGGUGAAGGCCCUGGGUAUGUGCGCCAGUAG